GAAAUCGGGGUUCGUCUCAACGUAAAAUCCCCAUCAUGGACCAAAACGUGCCAUACAGAGGACAAAGAGCGUUUAGCACAACUUGAGACUGAAUUCCUUGCAACACUAUAUAUAUCCUAUGCCCAUCAGUCCAACAGUCAGUUUGCCUGCUGUAUUUGUAGUCAUUGUUUUUCUUCUGGACUGUUCAGAGCAGAAAAGGUCAAUGUUGGGUGCGUGCCAAAGAAGGUGAUGUGGAACGCGGCGGUCCACGCGGAGUUUGUCCACGAUCACGCCGACUAUGGCUUUGAAACGCCCAGCGUCAAGUUCAACUGGAGAACGAUUAAAGACAAGCGCGACGCGUACGUGAGGCGCCUGAAUGAGAUCUAUGAGAAUAAUGUAAAGAAGGCUCACAUUGACAUCAUUCGCGGCUACGGCAAGUUCACCGCCGAUCCUGAGCCUACCAUCGAAGUGGAUGGGAAAAAGUACACAGCUCCUCACAUCCUUAUAGCCACGGGCGGGCGCCCCACCGUCCCUCCCGACAGCGAAAUUCCCGGUGCCAGCCUGGGGAUCACCAGCGACGGCUUCUUCGACCUGGAGGAGCUGCCCAGGCGCAGCGUUAUUGUGGGUGCCGGCUACAUCGCGGUGGAAAUCGCGGGGAUCCUUUCCACGCUGGGUUCCAAGUCAUCCCUCCUGAUCCGCCAAGACAAGGUCCUGAGGACCUUUGACUCCAUGAUCAGCUCGAACUGCACCCAGGAGCUGGAGAACACCGGGGUGGAUGUCUGGAAGCACACACAGGUCAAGACAGUCACAAAGUCUCCCUGUGGGCUGCUGGAUGUGACAGUGACCUCCUCGGUGCCUGGCCGCAAGCCAACAGAGGGAGUAAUCCGGGAUGUUGACUGCCUGCUGUGGGCCGUGGGGCGGGAGCCCAACACCGAGGAGCUGUGCCUGGACCAAGUGGGCGUGCAGGUGGACGCCAAGGGCCAUGUGGUGGUGGACGAGUACCAGAACACCACCAGGAGAGGGGUCUACGCCGUUGGGGACGUCUGCGGGAGAGCCCUCCUCACCCCAGUGGCCAUCGCAGCUGGCAGAAAGCUGGCCCACAGGCUCUUUGAAAGCAAACAGGACUCCCGGCUGGACUACCACGACAUCCCCACUGUUGUCUUCAGCCACCCGCCCAUCGGCACUGUGGGCCUCACUGAAGACGAAGCUGUGGCCAUGCACGGGAGGGAGAACGUGAAGAUCUACAGCACGUCCUUCACCCCCUUGUACCACGCCGUCACCCAGAGGAAGGUUAAGUGUGUCAUGAAGCUGGUGUGCGCUGGCAAGGAGGAGAAGGUGGUAGGAUUGCACAUGCAAGGGCUGGGCUGCGAUGAAAUGCUGCAGGGCUUUGCCGUGGCCAUCAAAAUGGGGGCCACCAAGGCUGACCUGGACAACACCGUCGCCAUUCACCCCACUUCUGCUGAAGAGCUGGUGACGCUGCGCUGAGGCUGUGGGUGAAGGCAGCCCCAGGGAUGGGAGCUGCAGCUGGGGAAAAUGUUUUAUAUUGUCUUAAAAAAUGCCUUAAUGUCAGGUGGUUGCCUGGAGAGCGUGUCUGUAAAAUUGGCGUGGCUUGCUUUGGAGUGGAAAAUAAAUACAGCGAUGCUGGCAA